AUUCCCUUCCCUCGGUGGUCUUCCUAGUCGCCGUGGUUUUCUCCGCGGCGGCGCGAGCGCAUCUAAAUCGCUAACCCUAUUCCUCAUCCUAAUCCGUCGAUGCGGUGACCUCCAAUGGAAGCGGUUCCGAUGCGGCUGCCCUGGCCGUCGGCCCUUACUCCGCCGAUCGCCCACUUCCUCGCCGAGCAAUUCCGGAGCGAGGCGGACCUCCAUCGGUCCCCCGACCUCGAGGCGGAACUCGCUAGCCGGUGCUCCGAUCUCGAGGAUUCUCUGAACGAUCUGCGCAUCCGGCUCUCGAAGAGCGUUGCGGCAUAUGCCGUGCGCUCGGAGGAGGUCGGUACGUUGCUGGACGGCGUCCAGAGGGAGCUAUUUGAUCUCCGGUCCUCCCUUCGUGGCCCGUCAAAAGGGGAUGGUGACAUAAUAUGUGGAUUGGAGAGAAGAGAUCAGAUCUUGGCGGAUGAAUUGCCGUCGCUUGCGAAGGAAGUUUUGAGAGUGGAAACUGUCCAGGCUUAUGCUGAAACAACAUUGAAGCUUGACAGAUUGAUUGGUGACAUUGAAGAUGCUGUCUCUUCUUCAGUCACAGUAAAACUUAAAACUCCUGGUGCGGUUAAAUCAGAGGAUGUUUGUAUGAUGACAAUCAAUUCUUUGAAGCAAAUAGAGGAUAUCUUAGCUUCUGUUACAAACUCAAGGCCUCAGUGGUCUCGGCUUGUCUCAGCUGUAGAUUACAGAGUUGACCGAGCUUUAGCUAUGUUACGACCCCAGGCAAUUGCUGAUCAUAGAAACCUUCUAGCGUCCAUUGGUUGGCCGCCACCUCUUUCAAGCUCAAAUAUCAUACAUCCAAAUCCAGAGGCAUCAACAGAUUUUUCCAAUCCUCUUCUGAUGACUGGGAACUUGAAGACUAAGUACUGUGAGAGCUUUCUUUCCCUUUGUUAUUUGCAGGAAUUGCAGAAAAGGAGAAAAUCUCGACAACUCUCUGGGAGUAAUUUGGAGAUUGCCCUGAGCCAACCACUUUGGGUGAUUGAGGAGUUAGUGAACCCAAUAAUGUUAUCAGCUCAACGAUAUUUUGUAAAGUGGCAUGAUAAGCCUGAAUUCAUCUUUGCUCUUGUUUACAAGGUUACAAAGGAUUUUGUUGAUUCCAUGGAUGAGAUACUGCAACCUUUGGUGGACAAGGCCAUGAUUUUAGGGUGUAGCUGUAGAGAGGAGUGGAUUUCAACAAUGGUGUCUUCACUCUCUAUUUUUUUAUCAAAAGAGAUUUUUCCGGACUAUGUCAAUCUUCUGGAUGGUAGCUCUCCAAGCAGUGAUCCAUCACAGACUAGAUUCUCAUGGCUUCAGCUUGUCGAUUUGAUGAUAUCUUUUGAUAAAAGAAUCCAUACCCUCAUUUUAAACUCUGGUGUGGUGCUAUCAUUGACAGAUGUUCUGAAUUUGCAGCAAGUCUCAACCAUGUCCAUCUUUUGUGAUCGGCCAGAUUGGCUUGAGUUGUGGGUUGAGUUAGAGCUUAGUGAGAUGCUAGAAAAGUUGAGAGUGGCUAUGGAAGAUGAAAAUAAUUGGAAAACAAUAAUAGGAGGGAUACUGGUGGAGGAUUACAAAUCACCUGCAGUUUCUGGUGCUGUUGUCCAAUGUUUUUCUUUACUAAUUGACAGAUCUCGACCUUUGCCAAGCAUUGAGCUUAGGGCAAGGUUUAUCCGGUUGGCUGGAGCUCCAAUCUCAAAGAAAUUCCUUGAUUCUUUGCUUCAAAGGUGCCAGGAAGCUGAAGGUCUGACAGCUUUGGCAGAUGAUGAUGCAAUACUAAAAGUUUCCCACUCCAUAAAUGCAGCUAGAUACUUUGAAUCUGUCCUGACUGAAUGGUCUGAGAAUGCCUUUUUCCUUGAGCUGGAAAGUAUGGUUAAAGAGGAGGUUGAUGGUAGGUGCAUAUUUGAUGAAGAGUUGACUAUGUUCAAGGACUUCAGGAUAGAGUGGGUUCAGAAGAUUACAACUGUCAUAAUAAGGGGAUUUGAUUCAUUGUGCCGGGAGUACCUGAAAAGCAAGAGACAAUGGCAAGAGAAAUCUGAAGGGAUAUCUCUUUCGAGGACUUUUGUAGGUGCGUUGGAUUAUCUCCAAGGUAAGAUCUGUAAGUUGGAAGAUGCUAUGAAUGGGAUGGACUUUGUGCUGAUGUGGAGAGCUGUGGCUAACGGUGUGGACCAGCUAGUUUUUACUGGAAUUCUUCUGGGCGCGACAAAGUUCAGUUAUAGUGGUUUAGAGAUACUUACUGCUGAUUUGGAGGCCCUGUUUGGUGUGUUUUCAGCAUGGUGUCUGAGGCCUCAGGGCUUUUUUCCAAGAUUGUCAGAAGGUUUGAAGUUGUUAAAGAUGGAGGAGAAGCAUCUCGAGAUUGGUGGUUUUGGGAAAAAUGAGAGGUGGUUGAGGGAGAAGAAUAUAAAACAUCUAACUGUUGCAGAGGCAGAGAAAAUUUUGAAAAGUAGAAUAUGAAUAGGAUGAUACACCAUCAUGAAGGCAUACUACCAGAAUUAAUUAGCUGGGAGUUUAAUGUGACUUGAUUCUAAUCUAAUGUUUAUUGUGAGAACUACAACAUUGAUUCUACACCGUUGUUUAAUGUAAUAAUUUGCAACGGUUUUCUGCAAAAUUCAUUCAAAUGACAGUGUCUCAUCUAAAGAUAUCCAACAGAUCAAUAUGGCUGCUUUUUUCCAGCAAGGUUUCUUCGGAUGGAUAAUAUCAUUUGUGUUUACCAUCUACAACUUAUUAUAUGAACCCCACCUCCAUGUACUUGCAACACUAGUGGCUCUGCACAAUUAUUGGAAAUGCUAACCAUACAUACUACUCGCUAGGUGUACACGUUGACACAAUGCUGUAAUUGGUUGACAGAGUGUUCCAUAUUAUUAUUAUCUCGAUAUACUGUUUAUGCUAAACUUGAUUAUUACUAUAAUUUGGAAGUAUAGUUUCCAAACACUUAGCAGACAAAUCAAUUGUGCGUGGAAUAUUUGGCCAAUUUUUCUGGCACAAAGCCAGCUACUAUGGAUGAAGCUUUUCUGCAUAUUGAUAAUAUUGUGAAGGUCUCCUACUCCACAUUCAUAUAUUCAUAGUUAUUAAUUUGAUUAUUCUACAGAUACAAUACUGUUGCUGUGUCGAAGAAAAUGGUUGCAACUCUUGUUUCCCUGUGCCAAAGCAAGAAUUCAAGAUCAAAUCUGGACAAAUCAAAUGAAGUUGAGAGACAAUUCAUUGAGUAUUUGAAGGACAAAUCAGAGCCACUAUAAGGUUUUUUGACACUGUAAGGUUUAUACAUGUUUUAUUACUUAUUUCCUUAGUCUGAACUCUGAAUUGAGAUUAAAAGUAUUAUGUUUCUCUGUUGGAUAUCUUUAGCUAUACAUUAACCCUAACUUUCGUAUCUUGUUUAUUAUGUUCUGGUUAAAUUGGAGAAUGCCAUUCAUCUUGAGUGCA